GCGGAGGAGGAGGAGGGAGCGGAAGGCAGGAGAAUGUCGAAGGGCCCGGGGACGGCAGGGCCUCCCGCGACCGGGCCGGUGGCGCCCGCCAGCGCACUCCAGGCCCAGCCCGAGAAGCCGCAGCACUACACAUUCAGUCUUCCCAGUCUGGUACAAGGCUACAAUUUUGUUUCUGGUGUCCUUGGACAGCUCUUUGGUCUUCACCAUAGUGGAGUUUGGAGUGUGACUGCUUGAAGUUGCGGACAGGUGUCUUUUAUACUGAUAACAAGUUCAAAUAGGUGCCAUUACUACAGGUAAUGAAUGGAGAACAGAGGAGCCUCUUCAAGAAGAAGUUACAGAUACCUGAAGGAAUUUCGUACAGAACAGUGCCCACUGUUUGUGCAACACAAGUGUACUCAGCAUAGGCCCUACACUUGCUUCCACUGGCACUUUGUCAAUCAACGUCGUCGUCGGUCUAUCCGCCGUCGGGAUGGCACCUUUAACUACAGCCCUGACAUUUACUGCACCAAAUAUGAUGAGACCACAGGGAUCUGUCCAGAAGGAGAUGAGUGCCCAUUCCUACAUAGAACGACGGGUGAUACAGAGAGGCGAUAUCACCUGCGCUACUACAAAACUGGAAUCUGCAUCCAUGAGACCGACUCGAAAGGAAACUGCACUAAGAAUGGCCUCCAUUGUGCUUUUGCUCAUGGACCCCAUGACCUCCGCUCCCCAGUUUAUGAUAUCAGGGAGCUUCAGGCCAUGGAAGCUUUGCAGAAUGGCCAGACUACAUCAGAGGGUGGCAUAGAGGGUCAAUCUGCAGUUGCCGCUAGCCAUGCUAUGAUAGAGAAAAUACUGAGUGAAGAGCCAAGGUGGCAAGACACAACAUACGUUUUGGGAAACUAUAAAACAGAACAAUGUAAGAAGCCCCCACGUCUCUGUCGCCAAGGUUAUGCCUGCCCUUACUACCAUAAUAGCAAAGAUAGAAGACGAAGCCCUAGGAAACACAAGUACAGAUCCUCCCCAUGUCCUAGUGUGAAACAUGGAGAUGAGUGGGGUGAUCCUAGUAAGUGUGACAAUGGCGAUGCAUGCCAGUACUGUCACACCCGGACAGAGCAGCAAUUUCAUCCAGAGAUUUACAAAUCAACAAAAUGUAAUGACAUGCAACAGUCUGGCAGCUGUCCUCGAGGACCUUUCUGUGCCUUUGCACAUGUAGAACAACCUCCGCUUAGUGAAGAAUUACAACCAACGUCAGCUGUUUCUAGCCCAACACAAGCAGGCCCUGUAAUGUAUAUGCCCUCUGCAGCAGGUGAUUCUGUUCCUGUCAGCCCUUCUAGUCCACAAGCUCCUGACCUUAGCAAUGUAUGGAAUAAACCAGGAACUCUUCCAACUAGCCCAACAUCUACUACAAUUCUCUGUAGAAAUAGCACUCUUGGAAGCCCGUCUAAUAUAUGUGGGUCCCCUCCUGGUGCCAUUGGAAAACCCCAUAGUUUAGAAAGCAUUGGAUUCCCAUCGGAUCCAGUAACUGCAGCCACCAGCUACAAGAAGGCACCUGGAUUUGAACGAGAAGAUCUGGUUGGAGCAGAGUACCUAAAAAGUUUCAAAUGCCAGCAGGCCAAGAUAAAAUCCCAUUCCUUGGAACACAGAACUCAAGAGCAGCCUCUAUUACAACCCAAACAGGACAUAUUGGGGAUUCUUCCUGUUGGCAGCCCAUUGACAUCAAGCAUCUCCUCUAGUAUCACUUCCAGUUUGGCAGCAACACCACCAAGUCCAGCAGGCACCAGCAGUGUUCCAGGCAUGAAUGCCAAUGCUCUUCCAUUCUACCCAACUAGUGACACGGUGGAAUCUGUAAUAGAGUCUGCCUUGGAUGACCUGGACCUGAACGAAUUCGGAGUGGCUGCCCUGGAGAAGACAUUUGACAGCAGCUCGGUGCCCCACACGAGUGGCAUCAUGAUAGGUGGGAGUUUGCUGCAAAGUUCUGCUCCUGUAAAUAUCCCAGGUUCCCUUGGAAGUUCUGCCUCCUUUCACUCUGCCUCUCCUUCUCCACCGGUCAGCUUAUCAUCGCAUUUCCUCCAUCAGCCCCAGGGACACUUAAGCCAAUCAGAAAACACAUUCCUGGGGACAUCAGCUUCUCAUGGAUCAUUAGGUUUAAAUGGAAUGAACAGCAGCAUAUGGGAACACUUUGCUUCUGGAAGUUUUUCACCCAGUACCUCGCCUGCGUUUCUGUCAGGUCCAGGUGCUGCAGAGUUGGCCAGGUUGCGGCAGGAAUUAGAUGAAGCUAACAGCACAAUAAAACAGUGGGAAGAAUCUUGGAAGCAAGCCAAACAGGCCUGUGACGCUUGGAAAAAAGAAGCUGAGGAGGCUAACGACCGUGCCAGCACAGCAACCAUCGAAUGUGAGCUAGCCCGAGAGCAGAGGGAGGGCUUGGAGCUGCAAGUGAAGAAACUCCAAGAGGAAAUGGAGAGGAUUCACUCUGGCCAGGACCCCCAGUUCCUCCGUACCCUGUCUGAUCUAGAAACACUUUCUCUCUCCACACUCUAUAAUCUCCAGAAACAGCUGCGUGCCAACCUGGAAAGAGUUGAUAAGGCAGUAUUUCAGAUGCAGUCGGUGAAAUGCCUCAAGUGCCAGGAAGAGAACCGGGUGGUACUACCGUGCCAACAUACUGUGCUGUGUGAAACGUGUGCUGAGGAGGGUGAAUGUCCCAUCUGCCAUCCCAACAGACCACACACUCUUCAGUCGUGACCCUUCUAGGACAUUUGAUUUAGCAUAUCACAUAGAACUUUUUAACUUUAUAUAUAUAUAUAUAAAUAUAUAUAAAAUAUAAUAUGAAUAUAUAUAUGAACAUAUAUAUAUAUACAUAAAAACAAAAAUUAGUUGCAGAGCACUUUUUAAUACUUGGCAUCUCCCAUUUAAAAGGAUUACCCCUCUUCACUCAAUCCCCACUAAUUCUAACUCCUUAUGGAUUUUUAGAACUGUUUUUAACAUAGAUCGAAGGGCCAUUUGCAAAGUCAGUCCCCCAUUACUACUACUACUUUUUUAAAAACGUAGAAUGUAACCUUUUAAAAGUCUUUUUCCUGGAGAGGGGCUUAGAGGGUAGGGUGAAGAGGGGUUACAAGUGCUUCUAGGGUGAGGACUGGUCUUUUGGGGAGAAGGAUGGAAAUCAAAUUUCUAAUCAUUUCUUCACCCCCACCCCUUCUCUUGCCUCUUGCGCAGUCAUCAUUUGCAUUUUAAAGCACCAGACAUAUAUUGGGCACAGUAGUAGAAGCUGCUUUGCAGUCACUGCCUGCUCAGAGCUUCACUCAUUUGGAUUUCAUUUGCUGGUCUUCAGUAAGUGCAAGAAACUUCACUAGUAGGGGAGAUUACUUUCUCUUUACAACUUUGUAGGUUUGCACCAAAGCAACAAAACUGUUAAGAUUGAAAACAGACCAGUGAAACAAGGCUAGUUGAUCAUCAUACUUUCAUCAGAAGCAUUAUCCAUCACUGAUAGAUAGCUUAGACUUUAGCUGCACUUACCAGGCAGAUCUGUUGUCUUGGCAAUGGCUGUGCGCUUUAGAGCCAUGAGUGAAUACACAUGAAUGUAUUCCAAGGCGUAGACAGGGGCAGAGAUGUGUCGGCACUCUUGGAACAGUCUUUUUUCUUCUUGCUGGCUAAAGGAGAAAGCCCUUUUAGAAUUUGCCUUCAUUGAUAGCCAAGUGGCAGCAGCUUUUUAUUCUUCCUCAUAGAGACCUGCAUAACAUGUGACCCACCAAGCUAAAUGUAGUUCCUCAAUAAUUGAAUAUGGUAAGUGCUGUCCCUUGAAUGAACUUUCAGUUCAUUCAGUCUACCUAGACAUGUGCAGAAAGAAGUCUAAAUCCUAUGGGUUAGUUCUAACUCGAGCAUACCAGUUGUUCAAUAAUGAACCAGCAUGAAGGAAAAUCCCAUUGAUGCAAUGGGUCUACUCCAGUUGGGGCUAAGAAUGGACUCAGGCAGGGGUGUUUUGGUGUAGCAUCUGAGUACAGUCUGCAGUGCACUGGGGGUGAGCUGUAUUUGGCUCCAUUGAUCUCAAGUUGUUCAGUGUUAAAUUAAUACUUUGCCAAUAGAAAAAAGCAAAUCAAUAGAAGAGUAUAUUCCCAUGCCUGCUGUCUCUUUCCAUGAGUUGCACUUUUGCAAUGCCCACAAUAUACCUGUAGAGCAGAGAAGAGUCUCUGUGCUGUGCACAAGGAGGGUGACCCAGAGAUUAGUAGAGCAGGAUCAACUGUCCACAAUUCACAUUGCUAGUAGGAAGUAAUAUGUGAUGAAUGCCAACAUAAAAAUGGGGUGGGUAGUAAGUGAGAGAGAAAACAAGUGCUUUUCAGGGGUAAAUACCUUAUCUUCUCUAGCUACCAAUAACAGCUAACACCUACAUAGGACAGGUGCUGCUGUUUGGAGUUGCAAGCGGAUUUAAAACUUAUCUCCCUCUUGUUCACUUUUCGAAGUAGUAGUACUAAUGACCUCUCAGGAACAAUACCUUACAAGCAGGGAUGAGGGCAGGAGAAUAGAGCUUUUCACAUAUCCAGGGUCCCUUGUGUUUAAAUGUCUCUAAUAGCAAGAGAUAAUUUACCCAGAUUUUAACAAGUGGGCAACAUCUAGGGAGUGGCAGUAGACAAACACAGAAUGGCAGAUAGAAAUUAUUGAAGAAUCAGAAGAUCCUCAAACGGGUAGAUGUUAGAUGGAGUUAAUUUCCUAAUCCAUCAUAUUCCUCUCAAAAUGUAGUGAAACGCCAUAAAGCCAUGCUUGAAGUCUUGCAGGUAGAAUGAAAGGGAAGAUGGUGCUCAGAGUCCAUAGUACUUUGUUUCCCAAAUACAUUCCUUUUCCUGGUGAUGAAGGAAAUCUUCUCAUUCAUGGAGCCUUUUGAUCUUUCUGUGGGCAUCUCCACAGGCCGUUUUUCAGGGAUCAAUUUCUAUUCAUUCCAUGCAUCAGUCACCUGCCUCUGACUGGUUCCCAGCAGGAAGGAGUGUUUCUUGAGUGUUUACGAAGUGGUUCACAGGGGAAGGAGUUUAGGUUUCCUGAACUUCUGGCUUGGCAUUAAAGCCACAAAUUGAAAAUGGGAGAUGUCCUCAUUGCUCUCUUCUUUCCUCUUACUGUGGAUUUAUUUCCAUGAUUGGGUACCUGCCAGCUUAUUCAUCCAUGAAGAUGAUAUAUGUCCUCCCAAGAUGCCCCAAAAGGUUGAACCUAUAAAUGCAUUCCUCUUACUAUUGUGCAUGUAUGUACUAGAGAACUGCAUACAUUAGACAAAAUGGGUAGCCAUUUCUCAUGGACAGCAAUGACUACUUUCCACACAGAAAUCUGUAGGAGGACCACAUAGGAUUGGCUUUCCACUAAAACAGAUGGACAAUAACCUUUUUGGGUCUUGAGCAACAGAGAGCUGUUGGGUCAUCACAUUGUUUCUUGUGCUGUUGUAGGCCAGCAUGAGUCAGUUUUCCAAGCUCUGAGCAGAUGUUAAAUCUAUUUACAAAGAAACUUGUAAAACAUGUUUACUCAAAAGUAAGUCCCAUUGAAGUCAAUGGGGUUUGCUUCCUGGUAAAUGUGCGUAAGUGUGGUCACCUUGGUUAAUAACUGAGAACAAGUUUGCACUCGAUCCAGGGUGCCUUAUGAAGAAAUGUUAACUCAAUAAUUAUGUGUUAAAAGUUUGAUUAUGCGCACUGAGUUUCUCCAAAUUGACAUUGGGGCCUAAAUCGGACUGACUUUCAGUGAAAUUUGUGGCUUAAAAUACUUUAAGCUUGUAUCCAGUAAAUGUGUUGUUCUGCAGUUCUUGAGUGGUUGAAUUCCCACUACAGUUUGUUACAACUUGUUCAAAUACUGCAACAGCCUCUAGACAAUGAAAUGCAACAACCCAGUCCACGAGGACUCUAACCUGUCAUUUUGCACUGGGGUUUGUUUAACUUGUAAAGUGUAAUAUUUAGAAUUAUAAUCUCACUCCCUUGCUCACCAGUCUCUGCUUUGUUUGCAAUAGUCUUUCCCCAGCCCGAAAAAGCACUGGAAAAGCUAGUAACCCUUGUUUUUUCAUAAGAGUAAUACACUGUCAGGUUUUUCCUCCCAAGUGUUUCCAUUUUAAUGCAAGUACAACAUUAGAUUUGCUUCCACAUUUCCACCCUCCCAUAUUUGGAGGGUUAAUAUGCAUUCCCAGAUGAUCUCAAAGUGCAGCUCUGUUUUAGUUUUUUUAAUUAACUUUUAUGUUCCGUAAAAUUGCUUUUUUCAAUGUUUAUAUUGUACUAGUAUCUGUUUUUUUAAAAACACACACCUAAUUGUUAUUUUUUUUGUAUGGAGAGACAAUGCUGGCUGAUUCUUGUGGUUGUGUUGUUUUUGGUUGUAGCCUUUGAAUGUCUGUGCCAUGAGGCAUAUCCUGGCCUCCAAGGUCAGCAAACAUGCCUCAGUCUUAAGGAAAGCUUGUUUGUUUAAAAUAUGUGAACAUUUUUAGAAAACAGACACACACACAUAUACACAUUUAAAUUAUGGGGGCAUCAUACUCUGCUGGAAAUGUACUAAACUAUUUUGGUAACUAAUUUAAAGAUCAUAGGAAAUAAAACUCUUUGAAUUGGAUCUACAGUGUUUAUACAGAACUGCAGCCAUUUUCAGGCUCUUUGGUGGUAACUGGUUUGUAACACUUAGUUUUGUAAACAUUGUGUUUUAUUGCUUCCUCUGCCUUUCUAUGUGAUUGUCCAUAGUGCGAUGAUGAUGACUUUGUAGGACAAUUGGUUUUGUCCUGAAAUGCCUCUGCUUGAUGUAAUUCCAACAGAAUCGUACAGGGGGUGUUAGAUGUAUUGCUGGUCUCCUAAAGUGUCUCUUAGAAAUAGUUACUUUGUCCUGUUUUUAAGACUGGGCAGCUCUGUAGAGUCUUGCUUGUUAUUAUCAGAUUUCUCUUCCCUUCUCCCCCAAUAUCCGCUGGCAAGUGGCUUUGCUGGUGGGGUGUGACAGAGAAAUUGUAUGGGAGAAAAAGCCUACUUACAUGCAGCACCACAAUGCAGUCUGUCUGUCUAUUUAUAUUUUUGUUUUCUGAAGGACCAAAGAAUUGAAACUGGGAUGAAAAGUUUUCCCAGCCCCAUAAAUGAUGGACUGAUCCCUUUUAAAUGAUAAUGGGUUUUCCCCCAUCUCAAACCUGUCAGUAGCGUACAAAGGCAAAAGGGUAUCACAACAAAUUGUUUUUAUCCACAAACUUCUUUCCCACUCUUUAGAAGCACUUUUAAAAAAAACAAAAAUCCUAGAUUUCUAUGAAUUUUAAUAUUGAAAUUAAAUGCCUGAGAUGAAUGCUUUAUUAAGUAGCAAAUGGAAAAAGCAAAAAUGACAUCCCUCCAUUUGUUUUGUAAAGAAAGUAACUUUGUAUUAAGUUUCUAAAUAGGCAAUAUUGCUUACUGGGAUGGGGUGAAUCAGGAGUGGGAGGAAUUAUGCAUUUUUAAGGGGUGGGAAAGUUUAAUUAUGCCAGCAGUUGCUGACAUGUAUAGUGUUUGUUCAGCACUGCUUUUUUUUUAAAAGCAGGAUCCUGUUGUAGGCUUUUUGCCUGUGAUGGAAGUGUAGUGAAUUUGGUGCUAGACCUGUUCACACUGCACAAUUCCAGCAUUUCGAUUCCACUUAAGCAGCCAUGACCUAAAUCUAUAGAUUCGUGGAAUUUGUGAUUGGAGCUACUUAGAAUUUCCAGCCAGGGAGAUCUUCUAGUGCCCCUGGUGCAACUGCAAAUUCCAGGAGAAUUCCAUAGGGUGCAGGCAUAGUACUUAGUGGGACCAAAGUGGUAUAAUUAUGUAGUGUGGAAGACACCCAAAUCACCCCUGAUGAGCUGCCCCAAGUAACUGUGUGUGUGUGAUAGAAUCUUGCACACUGAUAAACAGGGUGCCUCUUGUCUCCUGUUAUCUUCCCUCUGUGCAGAGACCCAAUUAGAGAAAUUAGAUAUUUCCCUUUUAAAAUCUUUUGAGUCUGGAGAAGUAGGUUAUUAAGAUAACUUAUAUCAGACUAUCCAUUUUCUUCUCACUCUGCCUCUGAGAAAUGGGGAUAUUAUGUUGGCCCAAAUCUGAGUGGUGAGAAAGAUUAGGUGGAGGAUUGUUGGUUACUUGAAGAAUGAGCAAAGAAGUUUGUGUUAAGAAUCACCUUGAAAGCUAAUUCCUUUUCAGAUGAAUGCCUUUGUAUGGCUGCGGAGUGAACACAUAUUAGAGCUGAUAACUGAUUACUCCCAUAGGCAAACCUUACCCUUCUCCUGCACUUCAGCUGAGGGAGGAGUGGCAUUUAUGUCUUUAUGGCUGGAAAAUGUGUACUUGCAGCACACAAAAGAUGUGUUCACAUAUUGCAUUAAAGUAGGGUUUGUCAUCACAAAGGUGAACCACAAUAAGCUUUAAGAUGGCACCUUCACUCCACUUCUUCCAUCAUGGACCACAACCUGGAUGCUUUUUGCUUCUGUUUUAGAUCAAAUGCAGCUAGUCUUUCCAGCUGAACCUGGCCAACAUGUAGUUUGGUCCAAGGGAAACAGUUGAGCUGCAAAUCUUAGAUUAUGAAGCUGGGGCACACAUGACCUGUGAAGUGUUGGGUCAACCUGUUAGACUGUGGUUGAUUUAGAAUAGAAGCAGAAACUGCAGCCAGGCGAUGAGGCAAGGUGGGCUGAUUGAGCUCAUGGAUUGUCAUGGUUCAUCAUGGUAAGGCAGAACAAUUUAGCAUUUGCUAAACUAAUCUGACGUUUAGUGUUGCCUUCUGAACAAGACUGGAGACCCAACACACAUGAUUCUUGCAACACCUUGUAGACCAUGAAAACAUCUUUUCUUUUUAACUUUCUCUAAAUCUCUAAGCUUAAUCUGAGCCACUUCUGGGGCUGGCCCAGCUUGGAUAAAUGAAAAGAAUUUCCUUUCUGAUAAGGAAUAAUAUAAGACUCAACAAUUUUUUGCUGUUCUGCUAAAAAAGGCAGGACUUUCCCUCAUUGUUUCCUCUUCUGAAAAGAAAAAGUAUUUCUUACCAGCAUGGGGUUAUGGUGUUUCUCUCUCUUUCUCUCUCAUUCCCCUCAAGAGUAUAUCAAUCUUAGGAGCAAUGCAACAAGAAAGUAGAUGUUUCUGGUAAAAAGUAUUAUAAAUUUAAGUAUUCCUGCAAAUUGUUGACUGUGGAUCAAAAAUCUCUGUGGGGUUUCCCCACUCCGUACUUCCAAUGUUUUAAUGAGGAAAAAAAUGAAUACAUAUAAUAUAAAUUCUUUCAACUACACACUGCAGUAUUUAUGGUGGCCAUUCUUGAUCAGUGUCUCCUUGGAUUUCCUUGUGGUGCGGGGGGGCUACUGGGACAAAAAGCCACUCAAGUUUGUGUAGGAGUCCGCCAAAAGGUAAUAGGUGGUGUGUACAAUGUGGUGUUUGAUUCCAUUAUUAUAGACUGUAUUGCGGAACUGUGAUUUUCAGCUGUUGUUCUUUCUUGUAUUCUGUAUAUAUGUGUGUUUGGCUGUCCAGAAACCUGAUUUUAGACACUCUUUCUUGGCAAAGUGGAUUUGCAUGUGGAACUUUAAAAAAUGCAAUCUUGUGUCACAAUUUCCAAAGGCAGGAUGGAUUUUCUAGAAGACAAUAAAUUUUUUAUUUUUUUGCUAAGAAACUUAA